GACAGAGACAAAGUUGUUCAUUAUAUGCCUAGUGAUGUGGGCAAACUUUUAGGUCAAGUUUUUUUUCCUUGGAAUUUCAUCAGUGUUGUAGAAAAUCCUGGUAGAAAGUAUGUUUGCUCAAAACUUAUCUGGCACAAUUUCAAUACCUCUGUUAUCCACAGCUCAAUUAUUUAUCUCCAUGCCAAACUGGAUUCAUGGAACAAGUGAACAACGUGACAGAAUUCAUCCUGCUCGGCCUCACACAGAACCCAGAGGUCCAGAAACUCUUAUUUGUCGUAUUUGCAGUCAUCUACUGCCUCACCCUGGCGGGUAACUUACUCAUUGUUGUGACCAUCACCAGCAGCCCGGCCCUGGGCUCCUCCAUGUACUUCUUUCUGUCCUUCUCUUUCAUUAAUGGCUGCUGCUCUUCUACCAUGGCCCCCAAAAUGAUAUUUGACUUCCUGGCUGAAAAGAAAACCAUUUCCUUCAGUGGGUGCAUGACUCAGCUCUUUGCGGAGCAUUUCUUUGGAGGAGUGGAGAUCAUCUUGCUCACGGUGAUGGCCUAUGACCACUACGUGGCCAUCUGCAGGCCCCUGCACUAUGUGAUCACAAUGAACAGGCGUGUGUGUGGCCUCCUGGUGUCCACAGCCUGGGCCGGGGGACUGCUUCAUGCUCUCAUCCAAAUUCUUUUCACGGUCUGGUUGCCAUUCUGUGGCCCAAAUGUCAUUGACCAUUUCAUCUGUGACCUUUUCCCUCUGCUAAAACUCUCCUGCGUGGACACCCACGUCUUCGGACUCUUUGUUGCUGCCAACAGUGGGCUGAUGUGUGUGCUCAUCUUUGCUGUUCUUGUCACCUCCUAUGUCCUCAUCCUCUGCUCCCUGAAGACUCGCAGUACUGAAGCGCAGCGGAAGGCUCUGUCCACCUGCACCGCCCAUGUCACCGUGGUCGUCCUGUUCUUUGUGCCCUGUAUAUUCGUGUACCUUCGGCCCAUGGUCACCUUCCCCAUUGAUAAGGGAGUAGCUGUGUUUUAUACUGUGGUGACCUCUAUGUUGAAUCCUUUAAUCUACACCCUCAGAAACACAGAGGUGAAAAGUGCCAUGAAAAAGCUCUGGAGCCAAAGAAUAAGCUCAGGUUGUAAUUCAUACGAGCAGAGAACAGUGAGUGAAGAAAGCCUUGCGGAGAAGAGUCUGCGAGAACCGACAGCAGCAGAGCCGCGGACCGACAAGCUGAAGCUUCGGGAGACGCUGCCCCUGUGCUUGAGCGGUUUUCCGGGAAGAGAGUUGAAAAGGGAAACCGGCUUAGGAGUUUCAGUACAGUUCAAGGAGAUAGUUUCAGAGGAAAGGAAGAGAGUAGAAAAGAAGUCCCGGAAGCAUCAAGUUUUCCUGACUAAAACAGCUCACAGUCUGAAUAAAUCCAGACUGCCAGUGAGAACCAAAGAAACUAAAAAUGGCCAAACUGCAGAAAUGUCUAGAAAGAUAAUUCCAGUGUCCCACCUCCCGGUUUACAACACCCACUCAAAGCUGUGCUACCGGCGCACAGAAGAGAAGAAAGUGAUGACCACACUGACUCUAAGCACUGAGAAAUCCACCACCAACCAGGCCCAGGUCAGUGAAAACUAUGCCUUUUCCCCCAAAUUGUGUGAGCAUUAG